AUGGGGCCGAAGGAAGCCCAAGAGAAGCUCAGCUUCAACCUGGUUUGCCGCUACUACGCGACCCCUGAUGAGACUCAACAAUGCCUCGUCUCGUUCAAGAAGUAUCUGGAUCUCGAGAAGCAUCAAAGAAGACUUUCAGCAUGGAAACUUCUCGCCACAGGUUUCCGUACAAACGGGCCAAACAUGUCAGAGAAGGCGGUACGGAUUGUUAUGUUUGAAGUAAGCCACUUCCUCGAGCUGCUUACGUUGGAAGAUCACUAA